UGCGAAAUGAGGAGAGGCGAGAUGCGCCGGAUUUGAAAAUAAACGUCGCCGGUCGAAGGCGCGCGUGCGUCGCAAACGUCAAAAUCUACAUCAGCUGGUACUAGACGUAGUUGUGUUGAUGUUGUCAAACUCAGCUGUUAUUGUUAUUGCUUGAUUUGUUUUCGUGGUGUUGGUGCAAUGCCAUUUAUUUCGAAAGAUUGGAGAUCUCCGGGCGAAGCAUGGGUUAAAACGCAAGAGGGAUGGGAGAAGAAGAAGGUGCUCGAAAAGUGUAAAGCAAUACGGGAACAAGGAUCAAUUGAAGAGACUGAUGACGGAGACUCAUCGGUACAGCCACACUGCCAAAUUACAAUAAAGUGCACUAGAGAGAUUGCAGGCUUUAACGAAUUGGACGAGGCAGUGAAACAAUUAGACUUUCGAAGUGCGGUACACGACGUUCGUAGAUUUAAUUACAUAUGCGCUUUCCUAGAGUUACUAGUCGGUCAACAAAUGAUAACUUUAUCAGGCUGUGCCCAAAAGGCCCUACUUUCGAUGUUAGAAGAGGUGGCAGCUCACGCGAUCGCAAUACAACACAAUCCGCGCGGUUUACGAAAACUGAUAGCGAACCUUCGCGCGUUGAGGUCCGCCGAAAGGGCUGCGUGCUGGGGAGGGCCUCUGGGCUCGCAGCUACUCUGGCAUCAGCACGCGGCCACAAUCGAACGUAUACUAUCGAUGGCAGCUAACAUGCAAAUUCGCGAGCCGAGCCCCGAAAUGAACCCCAAAUUAUUGCAGCUUCCGGAAGAAUGCCUUCGAGAGGUCAUCUUGAGACUGUCGGACCAUCGAGACUUGACCGCCAGCUCGCAAGCGUCAAAUCAGUUGGCGGUGCUCGUCGAUGAGCAACGCGUUUGGAGGGAGCUUUGUAGGUUUCAUUUUACUAAUCAACAGAUGGAUAUGGUUGUUGAUCCGGAGAAAAAAAUUGAUUGGAAGCAAAGCUAUCACUCUUUGAAAAGAACAUUUGGUUUACGCGAAGACAGACAAUACGCGGAAACAUUAUCAUUAUGCCGUCACUGCCGCUGCUUAUUUUGGCGUUCGCUGGGUCACCCUUGCAUUGCCGACCAGUGUCCCGAAUUUCGAGCGAGGGUGCAAGAAGCGGGCGGCCUCCUACCGCCCAGUCCGGUACCGCCGUCGGCGUUUCUCAAGUUCUUUUCCUUGUAGUUGUGUUUGUUGUUUGUGCUUAGGUUGCAUUUUGUGAUAUUUUAUCUUAUACAUAUUGUACUAAUGUGUUAGUGGGCUGCUAUUUAAAAAAAAGAAAUACUCUAGUUCUAUAAAAAGGAUAGUAAUAAAAGACUAAAUAAAAUAUUUUUAAUUACCACAA